AUGGUUUUAUCUCUAAACCCUAUCAUCACCUUCUCCUCAACAACGAAGUUGGAAACAAAGUAUCAUGAUGCAUCCAGGUACCCGAAGGUCACUCAGAUUAUGCCCUCUUUGGUAACUUCUCGAACGAGAAUGUUCGUCAAGGAAAAAAGAUUCGGUCGCUGUUUUUCAGUUGCAAAUAGUGAUCAGCUUUCAGCAAAUGCCAGUAAUAAGGAUCCUGGCAGUGCUGCAAAUGAUCAGUUACCGUCCACGAAUCCUCCGGUUGGAGUUGACUCAGAAUCACAGACACCGGAGGGUUCCAACGGGUCAUUAGGAUCUGCAGCAUCUCCUAAUUCAAAAUCUGUAAUCACGCGAUCGUCUCAGAAACUGAGAGAGAGGAUAAAGGCGGCUCGGGUUCUCAACCUGUCGAAGGAACCAAAACCAAAAGCAUCUAAGUCAGAUAUGGGCAGUAGUGUGUUAGAAGCUUUUAGAGAGAGUGAUAAAGGGAAGAAGAAGAGAAGAUCUGGACUUCCAGAAGCCCCUGGUAAUUUGUUUGACGAUAGCAAACGAGGGAUGCCGAAGUCAGGUUUGACUUUUGAUUUUCCAGGUGGUUCUGAUCUCUUUUUCAUUAUCUUUUCAUUUGUUUUUAUCAGCACAGUGAUGUUUGGAACAACUUUCAUUGUGUGGAAACUUGGUGCAAUCCAUUUUAAUGACUCUUGA